AUGCAGGUCCCGUGGAGCGACGUGCACAUCUCCGUGGACCGGGUCCCCAUCCCGCCAGUGCCGGCGAGCGGCCAUGCCCGGCGCGAUGAGAUCGAGCGCCGCCGCCGUCUCCUCCCCGACGACCUGUACUACGACGACAGGUACGCCCCUGACUCCGUGCACUGGGACACAUGGCUCCAGGACGAGCACGACACGCGCCGCGCGUCCUACUUCGCCGGCACGGUGUCGGGGCCGCGGAGGUCACGUCGAGAGGUGCGCGGGCGUACGCGGGUGCGCGGCCUCACGCCCACGCCGUCACCUUCCCCGUCUCCGUCACCACCUCCACCUCCUCGCAUGACAGCGGAGGAGGAGGCCCGGCUCAUGCAGCGUGUCAUGGAGGACUCCAUGAACACGCACGACGAGCGCCAAUGGCACGGCUUGGAGGAGGCGCUGGCACUCUCUGCCGGCAGCGACGUCGCCUUCCCCGAGAUGGAGAUGGUGGCCGUCAAGGAGGAGGAGAGGAGGGAGGAGGCGAUGGAGGAGGAGCCGGUGGCCGCGUUCCACCCCGGCCUAGUGGGCCAGCAAUGGAGCUGGUCGUGCACCGCGCCGGAGAUGGCCGACGCCGUGGGGGGCGUGAACUGGUGCCCCACGCCGCCACAGUCACCGGAGCGGGAGGCCUCGCCACGGGAGGAGGUGGUGCAGGCACCUCCGGCCUUCCAGGCCGCCCCCUGUCUGCCCGCCCGCGCGCCCGCUUCGGCCGCUCGCCUGCACGCCUGCCUGCGCAGCCGCCCGCCCGCUCGCUGCAUCGCCCAUAGCCGCCAGCCAAUCGCCAGCACCCGCGAUGGCAUCCACCGGCCUGUCCGCUGCCGCUGCCGCCACCCAGCCGCCGCCGCCCGCGUGCCUCCCCGCGCCGGUCGCCGCCGCUCGCGCACCCUCCGUGCCGGCCGCCGCUCCUGCCCGAUUGCUCCCGAUCGCUACUCGCCCACUGCUUCGCGAUCGAGCUGCCCGCCCGCGCGCCCGCUUCAGCCGCUCGCCUGCGCGCCCUCCUGCACAGCCGCCCGCCCGCUCGCUGCAUCGCGCAUAGCCGCCAGCCACAUCACCAGCACCCGCGAUGGUGUCCACCGGCCCGUCCGCCGCCGCCUCUGCCGUCCCGCCGCCGGCGCCCUACGAUGCGGCCCCGCCGCUAUACGGGGCGGCCGCCACCUACGGCGCGUCCUGCGUCGCCCCGCUAGCCCGCCCCGACUUGCCGCAUUGCUCGGCUCCGCUGCCCCCGCUGGCGUACGUCGCCGCCCCACCGCGGCGCUCUUCGGCCAGUCCGUCGUCGCCCCGCCGCCGGCACCGACUCUGCCCGUCGACCCUUUGCUGUCGCGCGGGGCGUUCGACGCGCCCGUUCCCACGUACGGGAAUCCUACGUACGGGGCAUAUGGCGCUCCGCCCGCAUCCACUUACGGGGCUCCGUCCGCUUCCACGUACGGGGCUCCGCCCGUGUACGGGUCUUCCCGGAUACUGGUGGGGGUCGUCCGCGGGCCAGCACUCGCCCGCUGGACAACAGCCAGACGAUGCCCUGCACCUGUGUAA